AUGCGAAUUUUGGUUCGUCUUAAAGAAGACGACUACAGUUCCCAGACGCGUGCUUUGUCCUCCUUGGGCCGCUUGUUCCGUGGCCGAAUGUACGUUCCAGUCCGGAUUUCCGAUGAGGAUGCGGGACUGUUCCUUAUUCGGAAUUAUAUUGCAAUCCACUUGGAUUCGUUCAGUGACAAGUAUCAUCUUCUUUGUCUGAUGGUUCGCAAGCUUCAUGCAUUCGUCGCUGAACGAUGCUGCCAAGAAUCCAACGACAACCUUAUAUUCCAGGAGAUUUUGCUUCCUUCCACACUUUACCUGCAAAUUUUGAGGGAGAAAAUCAGACAACUGAUACACUCAACCAAGGAACAUGUUCUAUCUCGGCCACGAAAAGGACAGACGAAACUCACGCUCGCGCAUCUACAACAAUCGUUGGCCAACCGUGCUUCAGAUAUCAGUAGUGCUAUCCACUAUCUUCUCUGUACUGGCAAUAUCCCGCCGACCGUCCGACCUGAUUUGGCUGCUCAAUUUGGUGGCCAAGCGAGCGGACUGAGCGUCGCAGCGGACAAUGUGAACUUUCUGCGACUAGCCGCUCAGUUUCGUGCCGUGCACCGAGGCUCCAUGUUCACCGAUAUUCGGACCACUUCUAUCCGCCGCCUUCUACCCGAAGCCUGGGGAUUCAUUUGUCCGGUGCACACACCUGAUGGGGCACCGUGUGGUCUACUUAACCACUUGGCGGAACCAGUAGAUGCCGUGUGUGAAACUCCCAAACAAUCGACAGUGGAUAGUCUUGCCGCGUGGCUUAGCACUCAACGGCUUCGGCCGGUCGAGUUGUCCCGUCAACUCUCUGGUGUUGCUGAGGAACAGAACGCCUUGCAAGUGCUUCUUGAUGGUCGUCUUGUCGGUUGGUGCUCUUCCAUCGAUGAUGCCAGCGAACUUGCCAAUGAGUUACGUGAUCUUAAAUUGGACGCACAAUCUGACCUAGUCCCAUACUCUUUGGAAAUUGUUCUUGUCCCCCCAACAGACGCUGCUUCGCAGUAUCCCGGUCUGUUUCUCUUCACUGGUGGUUCGCGCCUGUUGAGGCCCGUGCGGAACGUACGCAACGGAAAGCAGGUUGAGGCAGGUGGCCUCGUCGAAUGGAUCGGCACGUUUGAACAAGCCUACUUGGACAUCGCUGUGAACGAGGCUGAAUGGGCCGAGCGUGCUGACGACUCUGUGUCCCACAUUGAACUCGCUCCGGAGGGCAUAUUUAGUUUUGUCGCUGGGCUUACACCGUAUCAAGACUUUAAUCAAUCUCCUCGGAAUAUGUACCAGUGCCAGAUGGCGAAACAGAGCAUGGGCCACGCGAGCUAUACUUGGCAACACCGAUCUGAUUCCAAGGCAUAUCGUUUACUGUGUCCGCAAAGUCCACUGGUGCGAACUAAAACCUACGUCAAAUACGAUUUGGACCACUAUCCUCUCGGAUUUAAUGCAAUAGUGGCUGUGAUGUCGUAUACGGGUUACGACAUGGAUGAUGCUAUGGUUAUCAACAAAGCGUCUUUCGAACGUGGUUUCGCUGCAGCCUGUGUAUAUAAAUCAGAUGUGAUUGAUCUUUCUUUACUCGCAAAAAUGGCGACGGGUGGGCGUCGUAAAGUGGCUGCCUGUGAACACUAUUUUGGAGCACCCGGCGACCCACCAUCGGGUUUGGAUCGGGACGGAUUCCCUCCGAUUGGCACCCGUCUGGAAUCCGGUGUGAGUGCGCUCUAUUGCUACACCCAUGUGGAAACACGUCAUACCACAGUGGUUAAAUAUGAAGGUGGAGAGCAGGUGGCCUAUGUGGACGCCAUCUCGUUGAAUGGAUCUUGGAGCCAAGCCACCAUCACUCUUAGAUUACCUCGUCCCCCAGACAUCGGUGAUAAGUACAGCAGUCGACAUGGUCAAAAAGGCAUUAAUAGUCUUUUGGUCCCAAGCGAAGAGAUGCCUUGGACCGUAACGAGCGGAAUGGUGCCUGAUUUGAUUUUCAAUCCCCAUGGCUUCCCCACUCGAAUGACUAUGGGUAUGAUGAUAGAAUUUUUGGCCGGCAAAUCCGCGGCACUCACAGGUAACCGUGUUGACGCCACGCCUUUCCAAUGGACGGAGGCACAUCCACCAUUCAAUGACUAUUGCCAGCAGUUGGCGGAUUGCGGAUUCAAUUACUGGGGCACCGAGAUGAUGAUUUCUGGUUGUAGUGGACGUCAGUUAGAGGCCCACAUCUACAUCGGUGUUGUGUAUUAUCAACGCUUACGUCACAUGGUGGCCGAUAAAUAUCAGGUACGGUCUGAGGGUCGAUUCGACCCCAUACUGCGUCAACCAAUCAAGGGGCGCAAAGUUGGCGGUGGUAUCCGGCUCGGGGAAAUGGAGCGCGAUUGUUUGCUAUCUCAAGGCUUGUCAUUCACAUUGCAGGAUCGUAUGGUGGACUCCAACUGCGACACUGUGACAAUGCUUGCUUGCACUAAGUGCGGUGGCUUGGUACACUCCGAUUUGGCCAGAAAUGUUGAUCCCUCGAACUCAUCGAAUCUGGCUCUGAUGGGCACAGCACCCGGUAUCGGUGGAUCCCGAUCAGCCAACAACAACAACUUCUUUGAUCCAAAUCUCUGGAGUUGUCGAUUGUGUGAUCGGGCCGAGGAAAAUUUUGUCUGUGAUACCACCGAGACGACCAAAACGAAACGGCAUUUGAAACGAGUACGAGUAUCCGCCGCCUUCCGCUAUCUCACCUACGAGUUGGCGUGUAUGAAUAUACAAACACAGUUGACUGUGGGCGACUUGAUGUGAACAUACCUUUUCACUUGUAAUGCCAGAGUGUUGUACAGUAUCAGAUAAAUAAACCAUGUAUCAUUCCGA